AUGCCGGGCAAUGACCUUUACGACGGCGAAGUCGAAGCCUCGCCGAGUUCAUCGGCCUCGGAGGGGAGCUAUCACGACGAUCCGAUCUCCGAACAGCUACAACCCGAUGGCUAUCGUGAUGAAGAAGCAAUGACGAUGGCUCCCCAGCAACAAGCACUGCCGGCGACUCCAUCCAUCUCCAAACCAGUAAUUUUCCGCCUCUACGUGUCGCAUUUCUUGUCAACAUGGAACUCUCGUCUCUUCGAGUUCGGAGCUGUCCUCUUCCUGGCGUCGAUCUAUCCCGGAACACUGAUGCCGAUGUCCAUCUAUGCCCUGGUCCGAGGGGCUGUCGCCGUGGUGCUGUCACCAUCGAUCGGAUCUUGGAUCGACCGCGGUAAUCGGCUUUCCGUCGUGCGAAUUUCCAUCGUUGGACAGAGACUUGCUGUAGCAAUGUCAUGCGGCAUCUUUUUGGUUUUGGAAAGAAUUCGGGACUUGCAUGGCGAUGUUCAGAAUAGUCUGUUUGCCAUGGUGGUUAGUCUGGCGUGCAUCGAGAAGCUGUGUUCUGUGAUGAACUUGGUUUCCGUCGAACGUGACUGGGUGGUGGUUAUCACCGAAGGCAACGAGAAGGCCCGGCAAGAGCUGAACGCUCGCAUCCGGAGGAUCGAUCUCUUCUGCAAGCUGAUCGGUCCUCUCGCAAUCUCGCUGAUUGAUGGGGCGUCAACUACUAUCGCCAUAUGGGUGACUCUGUCAAUGACAUUGAUGUCUGUCGUGACCGAAUAUCUCUGUAUUGCUCGAGUUUACCAACUUGUACCGGCGCUGGCUCAGUUGCGCUACCAGACUCCAGCACCCGACGACUCGACAUCGAAUGCAUCUGUAGACAGUGAUGCAUCAGGAACACAGCGGUGGACUGGACGGCUUAAGUCCAAGAUGCAAGCGGUGUUUCCUGUGUCAGCGAUCCCCUUCUACUUCUCCCAUCCAGCACUACGACCCUCGCUAUCGCUCGCCCUACUCUACUUCACCGUACUGUCGUUUUCAGGCCAGAUGAUCACCUUCCUGCUCUCUGUCGGCUACAAUUCCUUCCACAUCGGUAUCGCUCGGACGAUAGGCACCGUCUUCGAACUGAGCGCUACAUGGGCUGCGCCGAAGCUGAUGGACAAGAUCGGGCCCAUUCGUGCGGGUAUCUGGAGCUUAUCGUGGCAGAUGAUAUGGCUGGCAGCUGGCGUGAGCUGGUUCUUCGCCGAUAAAUCACAGAAUAGGUCGAGCAGUAUCGAGGCUGUGAGCGGUCUUGUUGGUGGUGUAAUAUUGAGCCGAGUCGGACUUUGGGGAUACGACUUAUCUGCUCAGACCAUAAUUCAAGGGGAUGUUGACGAGGAACAUCGUGGCGCCUUCUCCACCGUCGAGGCCUCCAUGCAAAGCAUUUUCGAACUGCUAUCGUACGCGUCCACGGUGGUCUUCUCGAGGCCCGAUCAAUUCCAGUGGCCUAUUGUUAUGAGCGUCGGGGCGAUCUAUCUUGCCGGUGGACUCUACGCCUCGUAUGUGCGAAAGAGGCGUGGUCACCUGUUUCACGCGCCGCCCUGUCUACACUUCGAAGUCGGUUUAGACGACAAGUCUGCAGACAAGAUGACGAGUUCUCUGAGGAGGGUCAAGACGGAGGUUACCUCCCCAACUCAGGAAUACAACUACAGCGAAGACGCAGCGAUCCUUCGAAAGAACACAGACGACGGCCAGUUUCGUGGCCUGCCCGCAACCAGGAAGACGCGAUGGAAGAUCCUUGGAAAGGUGCUCUCGAGAUGGGCGAUCACGAUGGCAGUCAUCGUCUCGAUAUACGUCGUCGUCUGGGUUUACUCGAGUAAGCCCGUGAUGAGCCAGAAAACAAAACGGCAGUACAACGCACUCAUCACCGGUCUUUCGAUUGCGCUGGGUAUUGCCGUAGCCAGCAGUCUCAACCACAUGGUGGCGGAGCUGAGAUGGUGGAUCUUGAGUCGUCGAUAUAGGUCGAAGAGCAAGGUUGAGCGAAUUCUAGCAGCCGACAACCUCAAGCACACGAUCAUGUUGGCAGUUCGUUCGAAACGCUGGACUAUCCACGUGGCCGCAACUGGGUGGCUCAUUUUAUCGAUUGGCUCUCAAGUUGGCCUCGCCGCUGUCGGCCUUUGCUAUUCUACGGACACUGCGGACAAGCAAGCUUUGCUAGUCCCUGGCAAUGUGACUAUUUCCGAUAUGACCACAAUUGGGACUGGCAAGGUCGUCAAGUCGAAUUCGAAAGCACUUGGUGCCCAGCAAUACACGGCCAACAGUUACGGCAUCAUCUCGCAGGCUUACGCCUCGGCAGAUAUGUCGAAAGUGCCAUCAGCAAGAGCCAUAUAUGUUGCGAGCGACCCUCUGAUGUUUUGCGACGACGUCUACUGCAAAUACGUAUUCCACGAAACCUCUACCUCGUCCAUCAAAGACGACGACACAAACCCGAUGACGGUCGCCACGAACCGCAGUGUCAACUCGACAGCUUCAUGCGCAUCUUGGCGCGUGACCAGUGGAGGCAAUGGCACCACCACAAACAUCACAGUGGCUCUCGAGAAUGGCGGAACGCAAACUAUCGAUAUCCCCUACCGGGGUGGCACGAAUCAGUCCACCUUCAUGACGAACUCCGAGUUCGACUGCGGUGAAGGCUGCAGUAUUGUUUCUGUCCUCGAGGCCUCGGACACCGCACCGUGGUACUACAGCUGCAACGUAACUGUGGGCCAGGUUGCCAAUGCAACUCGCCUAGAGCACGAACUCGGCAUGAACCUGACCGACCUCGCCGCUGCAGGUAUUGCUCUGCAGGGAUACGCCGUAUCAUCCCUACUCAACGACACUAACUUCCAGUACCAAAGCUAUCCGGCGGAAUCAGUGUUUGGUACCCCAAUGGAAGGAAACAAUGGCGUGAUGCAGGUUCUGCUUGCACGUUUUGCAAUUGGAGUCGUGGCUAUCGCGGCUGAGAACAACGCCGACAUUAUCUUGGAAGGAACCAUGCCCCUGAAAGGAACGAAGCUAAAUGUUUCUCACUGGAACAUGAUCCAUUUGAUUCUCGUUCUUACGGCUUCACUGCAGCUCACUUUGGGUAUUGCAGCUGCAGUCAUAGCCAACAGGGUCGUGGUGCCUGGCGAAGGCGCCGUCGAAGUCGCGCAGGUCAUGCGGGCGAUGGCGAUUCGGGAACGGAUGGCGAAUGGAGACGCGGGCGAGAAGGGCUCAUCCGGUACGAAGAGCAACUCGCUGUGGAUUUAUCGGGACACACUGGUGUCGAAGGACGACGGGAUUUAUGAUUUGCAUAUGGAGGAGCAGCGAUUCCAGCCGAGAGAUGCGUCGGGGAUGAUUGAGAUGAACCAGCAACUUCCAAUCAGUCGACAGACAACGGCAACCAAAUGA